AUGGAAAUGGAAAGAGAGAAAAUGCAAGUGGUUCAUCAAGUGAUAAGGAGAGUUCAGGUAAAGAAGAAUUACGCAAAUAGAGACCUCAUCACCAUAGAAAAAGAAGAAGAUCACAACAAUCACACGACCAAACUCCUAAAAGAAUCAGAGAAGGACGAAGGAGAGAUUGAGCAUUGGAGACCAAUGUGA